GUUAAUAGUUAUGAUAUUUUUAACGUUCACAGACAGCUACUUUUUAGAAUAUAUUUUCCCACAGUCCUAGUCCUGCCUGUUUUUGAGGAUAAUCCGCUACAGUUAUUAAAUUGCGUGAAACCGUUAUGUGUAUAAUAUUAAAAUUAGUCUWUUGUAGUUCAGAUGUGCGCUGAUGGUGUAGUGUUUAUCUGGUGAUCGCAAUUCCGAAAUUUGUUAUGUUAUUUGCCCAGUGUCACGCCCUGUUCAUCGCUGUCAUAUUGUUUGUGGUUGCCCUUUCAAAUGGCCAGGAUUACAGGUACCAAACAUACAAUGCUCAAAAUUAUCCCCCCUCGCAGACGGCUUAUGAUCGCAAUUUGCCACAAUCUUCCAACCCCUAUAAUCCUCUACUAGACCAAUACGGUCAACAGAAUAACUACCAGAAUCGGUUGCCGUACAAUCAACCUGGUCGUCCUGGAACUCCAUCAUAUCGACCCAAUGGACAAAAUUAUGUUGGUGAUGAUAUGUUAUUGCUCCCUGGUAUACUGGGUCGGUGGAGACCAGAUUUACAAGGUAAAGAGCGAACCGAUUCAAAACAAUUGGAUAGAGACGUAUUUGUAUCCACAAAGUAUGGUCAAGUUCAGGGGUUUAAAGUGCAUCUCUAUGAUAACCCUCUACCUGAAAGUGGUUAUAGACCUUUUCAAACACCUGUUGAGCGAAAACAAGCUGAAGUUGCUGUGUUCUUAGGCAUACCAUAUGCAGCACCACCAAUUAAUGAAGGAAGAUUUCGUCCACCACGACCUCAUAAAGGUUGGCAGUUACAUCAAGCAGUUGAUUUUGGACCUGCAUGCCCACAACCAGCUAUUUACACUGGUAUUACUAGAGGCGUACCAAAAGUAGAUGAAGACUGUUUAUUUUUAAAUAUAUUUAUGCCAUCGACGGGUGUGGCCCCAGCUAAACCGUAUCCAGUCAUGUUUUACAUACACGGCGGUGACUUUGUACACGGAUCAUCAAACUCUUUUCAUGGACAUAUGAUGGCUGCAUUUUAUAAUGUUGUUGUUGUAGCUAUCAAUUAUAGAUUAGGAGCCUUAGGAUUUCUGAGUACGUGUGAUGACAAUUCUCCUGGCAAUUAUGGGCUUAUGGACCAAGCUAUGGCUCUACGUUGGGUUUAUGACAAUAUUGAGUUUUUCAAUGGUGAUCGUAAAUCAAUUACUUUAUUUGGACCGGAUGCAGGUGCUGCAUCCGCAGGAUUGUUAAUGGUUAAUCCCAAAACUAGUUUUAUGGUAUCCAAAGUUAUUGCUCAGAGUGGUUCAGCUGUUUCAGAUUGGGCACUUAUAAAAGAUAGGUGGAGGGCUUUAAAUACAACCAAAGUAUUUGCUGCUCACAUUGGCUGUAGUACUGAAUCUACGUGGAAAAUUGUUGAYUGUCUGAAACGGGGUAGAAGUUUUUUGGAACUUGGAUCRGAUUUUAAACCUCAAAUUGGUUUUAAUGCUUGGGGACCAAUUAUUGACAAUGAAUUUUUGGUGCCUAAAAGUGAUUGGUAUGAUGGUUGGCAACAAUCAGAUUGGCAUUUUAUUAAUGAAUCAGUAAAAACUGCUAUUCAAUCAGGUCAUUUUAAUAAGGAUCUUAGAUACUUAAGUGGUGUCACCACUCAAGAAGCAGCAUAUAUAUUAUAUAAUAAUAAAACAUAUACAGUUACUGAAGAAUUCUUCAACAACAAAGUUAAAGAAUUAGUCCUUCAGUAUAAUUACACAUUAAACCCAUCUGGAGUUUACCAAGCUAUAAAAUACUUGUAUACAUAUUGGCCUGAUCCAAUUAAUCCGGAUUCAAUAAGAACACAGUAUAUAAAUAUGUUGUCMGACUUUUUGUUUGUUGCUCCGCAUGAUGAAAUGUCUAAAUUGCUUGUAGCUGAAGAUGUUCCAGUUUAUAUGUAUGUUUUAAAUACCACUGUUACGAGUAUUCCCUUACCUGAAUGGAGGCUGUACUCACAUGACACAGAAUAUUACUUCUUGACAGGUGCACCUUUUAUGGAUAGUGAAUUUUUCCCUCGUAUACCAGUUGUGGAUAAAAGAAAAUGGACUGACAAUGAUCGUAAUAUGAGCCAUUUUUUCAUGAAGGCUUAUACCAAUUUUGCAACUUAUGGAAAUCCAAGUCAAUCUCAAAUUUUAGGUAUACAUUUUGAUAUGGCAUUAAAAGGUGAUCUCAAAUACCUGAAUAUCAAUUCAACGUAUAAUACGACUAUUAAACAAAAUUAUAGGCAAAUGGAAUCGGCAUUUUGGUCAGAAUAUUUACCUACUGUUAUUGGUAUUAUUGUACCAACAUAUCCUCCAACCACAGAAUUUUGGUGGGAACCUAAAACUCCAAUUCAAGUGGCAUUUUGGGGUCUAUCCGGUCUCAAUAUGAUUUUAAUUGCUCUGACAGUAAUUCUUUGCAUACUGUGGUGUAAUGCAAAGAAAACUAAAGAUCGUUAUUAUAACGGUGAUGUGUUAGUCGUUAGAGAAGAGCCAAUGGCAAUGAGCCAUCAAGGCAUUGAUAACCGUAGUGUAACCAGUAAUAUUUAUGAAUAUCAUGAUGCCCCGAUUAAGACAUUACAUGCUUCUCCCAAGAAAACAGCAUCUGCUAGCACCUUGAGAACUAACAGUGCAGCUUCUAUGCGAGAUCAUCCUAUGGCCAUAAAUGAAAAACCUGUACCACAGACUCAGGUUUAAACUUUAUACUUUAAAUGGUUUUACACUWGCUUAUAAAUGUUUAUUUUUUUUUAAUAUUUUAUAUUAAGCUAACUUUAUCUGGAUAUUUUGGGAUGUUUGCACCUAUGAUUCCGUCCAUUGUUUUUUGUUAGUGAAAAAAUAAGUUCUUUAUUGUUAUGGUAGAUUUAGAUUUCUUUGAAUGUGCUUUCAAUUAUAAGAAGUUAUUGGGAAAACAAAAUAACAAAAAGUGUUGAGGUGGAGACAAUUUGUGCUUUCCAAUUUAGGUUUAUAAUAUAGAGUGUGAUCACGAUAAGUAGAAACAGUGCAGGCCUCAUAUAUUUCAAUUUUGAUUUUUUGGCUAACUAAACAUUAAAUAGUUAAACUAAUUUUGUGACAGUUAAUUUUGGGCAUGGGCACAAUUUUUUUUUUUUGGCAUGUCCUAUUUUUGACCUCAAAUUAUUUUUAAUGAAUUUUAGUGGUUGAGUUUCUUUUCUAGGUUAAAAAUUGACAAUWUGACUUUAUGUUAUUUGCAUGGCUAUAAUAGAUUAUAAAAUACUUAAUAAUAAAAAUAAAAUUACAAACAUUGAUUAUUUUUAUUCAAAAAAUGUUAUUUAUCUAACAAAUURUUAUUAUAACUAUUAAGGCUAUACUUCUAUAAUUUCACACUUAAUUAAAAAACUGCUUAUUAGUUAGUCAAAAAAGCAGAAUUUAAAUAUAUGAAGCUUGCACAUAGUUAUUGAAUGUUUCCACUUAUUGUGAUCACACUGUACAGUUAAUAUUAUGUUAUUUUACUUUUUCAUAAAAUUAAAUUUGGUAUUGAAACUUUUAUACAUUUGGUAUAACUAGUUAUAUCCUUGUAAGUACAAUUUCUUUUUUAUUUAAGGGGAAUCCACAGUAGGGGUUAUUUUUGUAUAUUUCAUUUGUAUAUUUAAGUUGAUAAUUUUGUAUCACUGGCAAGGAAAUUUUGUCAAAAAUCUCGGAUGGUCUUCCAUCCGGACAAUAGCAACUGCGUCCGGUAUGUAUGCUCAGUUCGUUUCCACAGAUUUGCCUCACCAAGCCACAACUUCUAUUGUUAUAAAAUACAUUCAAAUAAACUUCACUUAAAGCAAAAUAUAUACAAAAUUUCUGGAAAAUAUAUAAAAUCUGAUAAUAUUAUUCCAACUCCACAUGGGAAUGAAACCACCUAUCGUACUUACAGCGCUCUCGGUGUUAAUUUGUUUUCCCAAUAUUCCAUGUAUAUCAUGCCGUCCAUCACCUAUUUUUAUACAUUAGAAUUUAUAUUAGUAAACUAUCCGUCCAGGAAUAUAUGCAUAGUAUUAUGAUAAGUACUAUAUUUAAUUGUAUUAAGUUUAAAUAUUGUCUAUAAAUGAUUUUAUUACAACAAGUAUUAAUGUUUUCUUUUGGUUUAUUGUGAUGUACAAUACUUAAAAUUCUACUCUAACAUUUAUUUUUUUAAACCAUGUUUUGAUAUCUUAAAAUAUUACCUAAUUCUGUUUUCUAACUUAAACCAGAAUACAUUUUUAUUCAUCAUAAAUUAUUGAAUUAUUUUUAUAUCAUCUUCAAUAACUAUUGAAUCAAAUCAGUGAUUUAAUUAUAAUGAAUAUUAGGUUCAUGAUUAUAAUUGAUCGACUUGACUUUUUGCUGAAUWUAAGUAUUUUUAUAUAUUUUUUAUAAAUGUUUUACGUCUCA